CUUGCUGAGAACUCCCCAGCCACCCAGCCAUGAGCACCACAUUUCUGCAGACCUCUUCCUCCACCUUUGGGGGUGGCUCUACCAGGGGGGGCCCCCUCCAGGUUGGGGGAGGCGGCUUCGGUGGGGGGAGUCUCUGUGGGGGCGGUGGAAGCCGCACUAUUUCGACUUCUUCUGCUAGGUUCGUCUCCUCGGGGUCAGGAGGGGGCUAUGGGGGCGGCAUGAGCUGCGGCUUCGGUGGAGGGGCUUGUAGUGGUUUGGGGGGUGGCCUUGGAGGUGGCUUUGGUGGGGGUUUUGGUGGUGGCUUCGGUGACUACGGUGGUGGCAAUGGCGGCCUCCUCUCUGGCAAUGAGAAGAUCACCAUGCAGAACCUCAACGACCGCCUGGCCUCCUACCUGGAGAAGGUGCGGGCCCUGGAGGAGGCCAACACAGAGCUGGAGGUGAAGAUCCGGGGGUACCAAAAGCAGAGCCCCAGCAGCCCGGAGCGGGACUACAGCCCCUACUUCAAGAACAUUGAAAAAAAAAAAAAAAAAAAAAAAAAAAAGAACAUUGAGGAGCUCCGUGACAAGAUCCUGGCGGUCACCAUUGACAACAACCGGGUCAUCCUGGAGAUUGACAACGCCCGGCUGGCGGCGGACGACUUUAGGCUCAAGUACGAGAAAGAGCUGGCCCUGCGCCAGAGCGUGGAGGCUGACAUCAACGGCCUGCGCCGGGUGCUGGACAAGCUGACCUUGGCCAAGACCGACUUGGAGAUGCAGAUUGAGGGCCUGAACGAGGAGCUGGCCUACCUGAAGAAGAACCAUGAGGAGGAAAUGAAGGAGUACGGCAGCCAGCUGGCCGGCCAGGUCAACGUGGAGAUGGACGCGGCCCCAGGCGUGGACUUGACCCGUGUGCAGGCUGAGAUGAGGGAGCAGUAUGAGGCCAUGGCGGAGAAGAACCGACGGGAUGCCGAGGCCUGGUUCUUCAGCAAGACAGAGGAGCUGAACAAGGAGGUGGCCUCCAACACAGAGAUGAUCCAGACCAGCAAGACAGAGAUCACAGACCUGAGGCGCACGAUGCAGGGGCUGGAGAUCGAGCUGCAGUCCCAGCUCAGCAUGAAAGCCAGGCUGGAGGGCUCACUGGCCGAGACGGAGUGCCGCUACGCCACACAACUGCAGCAGAUCCAGGGGCUCAUCAGCAGCUUGGAGGUCCAGCUGAGCGAGCUCCGCAAUGAGAUGGAGUGCCAGAACCAGGAGUACAAGACGCUGCUGGACAUCAAGUCGCGGCUGGAGCAGGAGAUUGCCACCUACCACAGCCUGCUGGAGGGCCAGGAUGCCAGGAUGGCUGGCAUUGGCUCCAGAGAAGCAUCCCUGGGAGGCAGUGGCGGUGGCAAAGUUCGCAUCAAUGUCGAGGAGACAGUGGACGGGAAGGUGGUUUCUUCUCGCAAGAGAGAGGUCUGAGUGCCCGGUGUAGCAGAGAUGUCCCUCGUUACCUCCCCGCUUCCCAGGCUGAGUGGAGGACUGGCUAGAGGGGCCAGAAGAGCAAACCCUAGUCCCUGCUUUCAAAGGGUCAAGCUCUCUUUGUUGAGUGCUCCCCCUCCCACUUCCCUCCAGAUCUCCCCAUCUGCUUUCGAGCAGCGAUGGGCAGGAAGCGGCUGGAUUGUGUAACAAGGUUGUUUGUGCCAUGUGUGUCCAUGCAAUAAAGAAUUGCUUUUCCUUUUGCAAAAAAAAAAAAAAAAAAAAAAUGAAAAAAAAG